AAUAAAUCGAUUAAAUUUGCGAUGGAUAAAAGAUUCAAACAUACUCUUGUGGCAUUUAAAAUAUGUCCUUAUUGUAUGAAAGUGCUUACAGUAAUGUGUCAUAAAAAUAUUAAAUUUGAAAUCAAGUUUAUAGAAAUUCAUAAUAAACCUGAUUGGUUUAUAAAAAUUAGUCCUCUCGAAAAAGUACCUAUUUUAAUAAUUGGUGAAGAAGGUAUCAUUUAAUAUUAAAUUCUUAGUUGUUUUAUUUGAAUCAGCAGCAAUAAUGGAAUACAUUGAUGAAAUUACACCACCUAAAUUAAUGCCAGAUGAUCCUAUUUAGAAAGCAUUAGACAGAGCUAAAUUUGAAUAUUCAAAUGAGAUAAUAAAAAAUCUGUACUAAUUCAUCUUUACAACAGAAUAAGAAGUAAAUUCAUUUUUAAAAGGAAUAGAAAUUUGUCAAACUAAAAGAAUGGUUAAUAAAACGAUUCUAGCAAAUGGGAGAAUGGUUAAAAGAUAAAAAAUACGUGAAUGGAUUAGAACUAUCUUUAGUUGAUCUUAAUUUUGUACCAGUUUUUGUAGUAUUAAAUAUGCUGAAGCCUAUUUUACCUUGUGAUAUAUUAAAGGAUUAAAAAAGAGUAUGAAUGAGGAAUAGAAAUAGUUAUAAAAUUAUGGAGAAUCUUUAACAUCCUUGUCUUGUGCAAAAACCGGAAGAGUUCCAGAUUAUGAAUUUUUGAUGAUUGAUGGAAUUAAAAAUAAAAAUACUGUACUUUUUAGGUCUAAUCCAUGCUAUUUUAAUGGACCUCAGGCUUCGCGUUGUUUGUUCUUUGGAAAAUGAUCAUUUUUAUCUUAUAUUGGGU